AUAAGAUUUCUGUCCAUGGUUUGGAUAAUCAUAUUCCAUACCGCAUGUUAUACGGUGGAAUAUUUCGACAAUAAAGUGUGGCUGUUGAGGUUGUCUGAAGGUAUCCCCUUUCAAGUGAUAAGCAACGGAACCGUAUCGGUUGAUACUUAUUUCUUUUUAAGCGGAUUUUUAUUGGCUUACACAUAUUUAAAGAAUAAAAUAGACAAGGAACGAAUUAAGCCGAUUCAUUACAGAGAGAAGCUGAACGAGUUCUUUGUCAGAUUAAUAAAGAGAUAUAUCCGGUUGACACCGGCUUACAUAAUGAUAAUAGGAAUAGUGCAAUUAAGUUCAGCUUGGUACGACAAGACUUCGCAAUUCUACAUUGAGGAAAGACCACACGAAACUUGCUCGAAAUACUGGUGGAGAAAUAUCUUGUACAUACAUAAUCUGUUUGGUCGUAAUACGAUGUGCUUGUCCUGGAGUUGGUAUCUAUCCAACGAUAUGCAAUUCUUUAUAAUUGGUCAGGCGCUUUUAAUUCUGUCAACUGUAUAUUUUUAUGUGGCUGUUGUCAUACUAGGUAUAAUUUUAAUAGGCUCGAUCAUCUUGAGCGGUUAUAUCUCAUACAUUUAUGAAUAUGUUCCAACUUUGGACGAACAGUACAGACUUCUAGAUGUCUUAUACUUUCCACCAUGGGUCCGAAUUGGUCCAUAUAUUAUUGGAAUGAUUACAGGUUACAUUAUAGAAAGAUUUAACAAAAAAAUUGCCUUGAAAAGG